GAUCGCACGUCCUCUUCGGCCUCAAAAAUGGGGAUUGAUAUCAGACACAAGCAUAAAAAGAAGGACUACCGUCGGGAGCCAGUGUCUCAGAACCUGUACAUCAGGUUGCUUGUGAAGCUCUACCGUUUCCUGGCCCGCCGUACUAAUGCACCCUUCAAUAAGGUCGUCCUCAAGAGACUAUGUAUGAGCCGUAAAAAUCGUCCCCCAUUGGCACUUUCUCGUAUCAUCCGCAAGAUGAAAGCUUCAGGUAUUGAUGGCAAGACUGUGGUCGUCGUUGGUACUGUCACUGAUGAUGCCAGGAUCUUUGAGAUUCCAGCUCUCAAGAUUUGUGCCCUUCGUUUUACCGAAACUGCUCGUGCCAGGAUCCUGAAAGCAGGUGGAGAAGUCAUGACCUUUGACCAACUGGCUCUGCGUGCCCCACUUGGACAGAACACAGUACUUUUGCAAGGACCAAGAAAGGCAAGAGAAGCUGAGAGGCAUUUUGGCCGUGCCCCUGGUGUUCCCCACAGCAAUACUAAGCCAUAUGUAAGAUCCAAGGGACGAAAGUUUGAACGUGCUCGUGGCCGCCGYAAGAGCCGCGGCUACAAGGUGUAAAAUACUAAACCACCAAAAGACAAUAAAUUUAUUUGAAUGUA